AUGUCCGAGACGAGGAAUCCAAUCAAGGGAGAUAUCAAUGGCGUUUGUUUGCGUUGUAUUAAAGAGGACGGUGAAUGGGAAGGACUGGGAGAGACGUUGAAUCUUUCGAAGAAUAGUGUUAGAGAGCGCGUGGUUGCUACUGGUCUUGCCCGCGAUAUCGCACGUGCCAUGGGUUCCAGAGCCAGACUUUGCCAUAAUAAGUUAGCGCUCAGAAAUGACAGCGGUCUGGGUUUAUCUCAGCUAGCUCAGCCGAUUGGGGAGAGAAGGGGCGAAGCCCCGACAGGGGCAGAGCCCCUGAUACCCUUGCUAGUCAACAUAAACCCAUGCUAG